CUACUUCCUCGUUACCCCCACAAUCACAACAUUAUUUGUGCGCAAUGGGUAAAUCUGCAUCGUCGGGAGGAGAUUUUUAGAUCUAACAGUCGGUGCACAUCGUUGGGAAGCUCCGGGAAACGCGUACGUUUCAUUAUGCUUCAGCUCAACGACGCAAUGGAGCCGGAGAGUCCGGGCGCUGCGGUUCUCCACCCUGCAGAAACCGAGGAGGGGGUCGAGGUUGCCUUCACGCCGCCCGAGGCCGGACGAAGCUUUGGACACGCUGCUUCCAUGGCCUGCUGUCCCCCGUUACAAACGCUGACGCCUUUUCAUGUGCAUAACCCCACCAUCCAAGCGAAAGUGAAGGACUACUUCGUGUUCAGACCAGGUACCAUUGAGCAGGCGGUGAGCGACAUCAGGACUGUGGCACUGCCGUCCGAGGAUGGAGAGGUGCUUAGUGUCUGGCUGCUGGCUGAAAUUGAUCACUGGAAUAACGAAAAGGAGAGACUUGUGCUGAUAACUGAUAGGUGAGUCAGAAUCAUACCUCAUCUUUAAGUGUACAUUGUUACACUAUUGAAUCUGAGUAGUUUCUACAACAUCGAGCUCCCCCUUUCAUCUGUUUGAGAUUUAAUACAUGUCUUAUAACCAACAAAUACUGUUGUUUUUUGUUUUUUUUAAUGAAUUGUCCAAUUUUAUACGGUCCAAAAUUCAAAAGCACACAGCCACAACUGCACGAACAUGGCAUAAUCACUAACUAUUUGAGAAGAAAGACAACAACUCAUUAAACCAAAAGAACUGAUAAAAACAAACCACAGAAAGUAUUAAAACGGGCAUCGUAAUUCUGCUGGUCGGUCCAUUCAAAUUAAAUGUCUAGCUGUCUAGCUGGAUGGGGAAAACCGAAACACUUGAUAACUUCUUAAUCUGAAAUUCUUCUUCUGAGAUCAUACUGAAAACUCAUUCCAUAUGGUCUACAAGGUAGCUGUGCCAUGGAGGGGCGUGAGUAAUUUACUGUAGAUAGCUGCAAAAAGGUGGAGUGUGGGCAUUGUUGAUCACUGUUCCUCUCCGCAUACUGGGACUUUCCUAACUAGGCCUGAUGCUGUAUUUUGAAACUAGCACUUAAAUCAUAUGGGUCCAAGCCAAUAAUUGAUCAUGCUUAGGUCCCUGAAUGUUAGAACAGAUACAUUUGGUUUCACUUUCACUAGAUGGGCAUGUUGUGCUCAACAUGGAGAGGUAAGGAUAACAGAAGCACUGUAAUUUUUCUUCAUGACAGUAGGUGGUAGUGUGAUGCUAGGACUGCUGCAUCAUCUCAAUUUUCUAAAGACAGAUGUCU